AUGCCGGAUUGGAUAAAUCAAGUGGAUCAGUCCGAUUCCUUCCCCUACGGUGACGAACCGGACGAGAACCGCCCGCCCUCAGGGGCCAUGUCACCCUUUGCGGAUCAGUACGAGAACUCCAGCUCUGAGACGCUUCAGCAGACACCAGAUUUACGACGGGCCCAUUUCUCGCCUGGCCCAGAGCUCGAGACCAUCGAUACAAAGGAUAGCGAGCUGGAGCGCCAACAAACCGCCAUGAAGAGAAAUCGCUGGGGUACGCAAUAUAACAAAAAAGGAAGGACCCCACAAAGACAAAAGUCUCUUUUUAAUCGCCGUUUCUCGUCGUUUUUGCACCCGCAAGGCGGAGGCGGCUCCGAUGACGGCCGCGACCGAGACACCACCCCUCCACGUGACGACCGCAGCUCUGCCGAUGAUAGUGGAUUUUUGGACCCUGACGAGGUCUUGCCUGGAGAGCGUCAGAUUUAUUUCAAUAUGCAAUUGCCUCCAGAGCUUAAGGAUCCUCUGACAAACUUGCCCGUGCAGAAGUUUGUCCGAAAUAAAAUUCGCACAACCAAAUACACCCCGCUGUCGUUUUUCCCCAAGAAUAUUUAUUUCCAGUUCCACAAUGUUGCUAAUAUUUACUUCUUGGCCAUUGAUAUUCUUGGUGCGUUCUCUAUUUUUGGCGUCCAGAACCCUGGUUUGGCCGCAGUGCCUAUUGUCGUUAUUGUGAUCAUCACAGCCAUCAAAGACGCCAUUGAGGACUACCGUCGUACAGUUCUUGAUCUUGAGGUAAACAAUACGGCCACCGAGGUAUUGGUGAACAACGAGAACCCAAACGUUGUGGACGAGAACAUUUCGCUGUGGCGUCGAUUCAAAAAGGCCAACACCCGGGGUAUGAUGCGCAUGGGUCAAUGGUGUUAUGCAAGAAAGGCCGCUCGCAAGGAGAAAAAGACUGGCGUGAAGUCUGAUACAAAGUCUCCUUUCCAUAACACCCUCGACCGUGCCGAGGUGCGAUCUGAGUACUCGGCAGAAACCCGCGAGUCUAUCGAUUUGGAAGAUCUUGACAACCCUUUUUCUUCUCAGGACAACGAGCUUGAAGACCCGGCUGAGUCGGUUAUCCAGCCCCGUAUCAACCCUAUUCAAAAGGCAUACUUUCAGCGGGAUUACUGGAAAAACGUUCGCGUCGGUGAUUUUAUUCGUAUUCGCAGCGAUGAGGAGAUCCCUGCCGAUGUGGUUAUUUUGUCAACCAGCGAAGACGACGGUGCCUGCUAUGUCGAGACCAAAAAUCUCGACGGUGAAACCAACUUGAAGAUCCGCCAAGCCCUUCACUGUGGUCGCAAAGUGGUUCAUUCCCAAGAUUGCCAAAAGGCUUCUUUCUGGAUGGAGACCGAAGCUCCUCAGCCCAGCCUCUACACAUUCAGUGGUGUGGCAAAAUGGAAGCCUGACGAUAUCACAGAGCGUAGCGAACCUAUCACCAUCAACAACUUGCUGUUACGUGGCUGUACAUUAAGAAACACAAAGUGGGUUGUCGGUGUGGUAUGUUACACGGGAUUCGAGACCAAGAUCAUGCUUAAUGCCGGUGUUACUCCGACAAAGCGUAGUCGCCUGCAACGAGGCUUGAAUCUCUAUGUUAUCUACAAUUUCGCUCUGCUGUUCAUUCUUUGUUUCGUCAGUGGUUUGGUGAACGGUAUUAUCCACACUAAAAAGCAGUCAUCAUCAAAUUACUUCGAGUUUGGAAUCAUUGGCGGCUCAGCCCCGGUUGCCGGUAUUGUCUCGUUCUUUGCUGCUCUUAUUCUUUAUCAAAGUUUGGUUCCUAUUUCGCUGUACAUUUCGAUUGAAAUCGUCAAAACGUGUCAGGCCUUCUAUAUUUACUCGGAUUGCUACAUGUAUUACGAGCCGAUUGAUUAUCCGUGCACACCUAAAAGUUGGAAUAUUUCUGAUGACUUGGGACAAAUUGAAUACGUCUUCAGCGAUAAAACGGGAACUCUUACACAGAAUGUUAUGGAAUUCCGCAAAUGUACAAUUAACGGCGUUGCCUAUGGUAAGGCUUAUACAGAAGCCUUGAUGGGAAUGCGUAAACGUCAAGGUGUUGAUGUUGAAAAAGAGGCUAAGCAAAUGGAAAUCGAGAUUGCCGACGACAGGGCGCGUAUGAUCAAAACCUUGCGAGGGAUAUACGACAGUCCUCACCUCAUUGAUAGUGAAGUCACCUUUGUGUCGUCUCAAUUUGUCGAUGAUUUACAGGGAGCUGCUGGUCCGCAGCAAGCUAGGGCUAAUUUCAACUUUAUGCUUUGGCUCACGUUGUGCAACUCUGUGAUCACGGAAAAUUCCAAGGUUUAUGAAGGUCGUAAAGAUUUCAAAGCUCAGUCUCCUGACGAAGCCGCUCUUGUCUCUGCCGCUCGUGAUUGUGGCUUUGCGCUUGUUGGACGGGUACGCCAUGGUGUUGUGGUCAACAUUCAAGGUCAAGAUGUUGAGUACCAAAUUCUCAAUAUUCUUGAAUUCAACUCUACUCGUAAGCGUAUGUCUGCCAUCGUCAAAAUCAAGAGCGACGAAGGCGAUCGAAUCGUGCUUAUUUGCAAAGGUGCCGAUUCGGUUAUCUACGAGCGUUUGCGUCCUGGCGUUCAACAAGAGCUCCGCGAAAAAACUGCUGUGCAACUUGAAGAGUUUGCUAACGAGGGUCUGCGCACAAUGUGUAUGGCAGACUGCGAAAUUGACCCCAAAGAGUAUUAUGCAUGGAAUGAACGUUACGAAGAGGCCGCCGCUUCCAUUGUCAACCGUGAAGAUAAGCUCGAUGCAGUUGCCGAUACUAUUGAGCGGAACCUGAUGCUUGUUGGUGGUACUGCCAUCGAAGACAGACUUCAGGAUGGUGUUCCGACUACUAUUUCGCUGUUAGCUGAUGGUGGUAUCAAACUGUGGGUUCUUACUGGUGACAAGGUCGAGACCGCAAUCAACAUUGGUUUCUCAUGUAACCUGCUUGAUAACUCAAUGGAGCUGUUGGUUAUCCGUGUCGAAAAUGGCGACAAGGGCUCUGUACCGGCGCUCAUCGACGACUACCUUCACCGUCACUUCAACAUGGAAGGCUCUUGGGAAGAACUUGAGGAAGCAAAACGCGACCAUAGCUCACCCUCCGGUCGCUUUGCGGUGGUAAUUGAUGGCGAGGCCCUCAAGCUUGCCUUGAACCCUGCCAUCAACCACAAGUUUUUGUUACUGUGCAAACAGUGCAAGUCUGUGUUGUGCUGCCGUGUCUCACCUGCCCAAAAGGCCGGUGUUGUCAACCUUGUUCGCAGCACGCUGGAUGUCAUGACCUUGAGUAUUGGAGAUGGUGCUAACGAUGUUGCUAUGAUCCAGGAAGCUGAUGUAGGUGUUGGUAUUGCCGGUGAAGAAGGACGACAAGCUGUUAUGUCUUCAGACUAUGCAAUUGGUCAGUUCAGGUUCCUUUCCCGUCUUUUGUUGGUACAUGGUCGUUGGGACUACAAGAGGUUAGCUGAAAUGAUUCCGAACUUCUUUUACAAGAACGUUAUUUUCACGUUUACCAUGUUCUGGUAUGGUAUCUUUACCAACUUUGAUGCAACAUAUCUUUACGACUAUACUUUUGUGAUGUUCUUCAAUCUUGCCUUCACCUCACUGCCUGUCAUUUGUAUGGGUAUCCUUGAUCAGGAUGUGCCCGACAAGAUUUCACUUGCUGUACCUCAACUGUACCGCCGGGGCAUUCAUCGAGCAGACUUUACAGAAACCAAGUUCUGGUUUUACAUGAUAACCGGUGUGUUUAUGUCUUUCGUCUCGUUCUUUUUCCCUUAUUUCUGCUAUAUGGGUGGCGGCUUCCAGUCUAUGACUGGUCGGCCCGUUGACCACCGAUUCUGGAUUGGUAUGUCUUCGUGCACCAUCUCAGUCAUGGUUUGUAACUUCUUUGUUUUGACAAAUCAGUACCGCUGGGAUAUUGUUUCUACAAUCGUCAACAUUGUUUCGACUCUGCUGGUGUUUGUGUGGGCAGGUAUCUACUCCUCGUUUGUUGGAUCGGCAGAGCUGUACAAGGCAGCGGCAGAGACUUACGAUACUCUGGUUUUCUGGGCCGUUACAUUGCUGGGCAUUGUUGCGUGUAUGAUCCCACACUUUGCUUGGUUGACCGGCAGAGCUUUGUGGAACCCCAAAGACGUAGAUAUCAUUCGCGAGCAAUGGCGUCUUGGUGAAUUUGAUGAAGUGCUGGCCACGCCUCUUGCAUCUGACGACCCCACUGACUCUGCUCAGUACAACAAUCCUUAUCGUCCCUCUACAUGGCGGCCCCGGACUCGUCGGGAAAAGCGUGCCGCCCGCCGGUCGAUGCGCCAACCUUACGAGAUCCGCAACGAGUCUCACACCGAUAUCACACGCUCACCAGACUUUGUACGCUUUGGCAACCGCAAAGUUGGUGCAGAGGAGUUUUUGUUUGACGUGCCUGCGUCUCCCACGUCGCCCACAUUACGCGACCACGUCCGAUCAAACGCAUCGCCCUCCCUACGCAAGAGUUUGGAGAUUGCUCGGCAUAGCUCACGCUGGGAACAACCACCGGUCCAUGAAGGUAUUGAGAAUAUUCGAACUUCUAUGGAACUGGACGAUCUGACCACUGCUGAAGAUCUUGUAGGCCGGCAUAUGGGCCAGCGCGAACGUAAUUAG